UCACGAGCUUCAUAAAAGCUGAGACUAUUUUUUUCAGAACCAAAACUCCAAAGAAAUGAUCUUAAUCUAUAGCUUGAAUUCAGUUUCUGUUAAGUUUAUGAAAUCUGAGUCAAUGCAUCUCUAAAGAGAACAUUUUUUUUUUGCUCUGUUUUUUCGAACUCUCCUAGCUUUUGUCGGUAGUUUAGGGUUUGGUGGUAAUGACGGGAGAGUUACAAGAGACAGUGGAUAAAACGGCGCCGUGUGCGGCCAUAACUGAGAAACGGCCGAAUCGUUUGAGUGGUUGCGUUGGCGUUUUCUUUCAGCUCUUUGAUUGGAACCGACGCUUCGCUAAAAAGAAGCUCUUUUCUCGCAAAUCACUUCUUCCUGGAAAACAAGCUUCUAAGAGGUUUGGUGGGAAUGAGAAACUGCUCAAAUCUAAGCUUAACCUGAUUGAUGAUGAGAAGAGAGGAAGUUUCCCUAACCGAGGUGAAGUGGUGGAGUUCAAAAAGCAUGAAAUGAGAUCUCCAAGCUUGGUAGCACGUUUGAUGGGUCUUGAAUCUAUACCAUCUAACCACAGAGACAAAGGGAAGAAGAAGAAGAAGGAGAAGGAUAAAUGCCAUUUUUCUGAUGAGGAGGAGGAAGAAGAAGAUAAUGGUUUGGAUAAUAAGUGUAGGCCACAGAAGAUGCAGAGAACAACAAGCGUUUGUGAUAGGCGUGUUAUGGUGAAGAAGUUUGGAUCAGACGCCAUGCAGAUCAAGAACGUUUUGACCAAAGUAAGGAAACAUCAUCAUCAGAAGAAUCUGGCUGUUCCUGUUAAAAGUCCGAGGCUGCUUCAGAGUCGUAACUCUAGGUUGAUCAAUGCUGCUGCUAGGAUUCUUGAACCGGGGAAGAGAAAUGCUAAAUACGCUGUUGCUUACCCAAGCUCCACCAGGACUAUAAGGUGUGGAAAUGUUGGGAAUGAGGCAGUUGUUUCAAAUGAUAGUGUUGCUUCUUGUAAAGCCUGUGGUAGUAGCUUUGUUGAUGGUCAUGGUACUACUAGUCCUGUACCUGAGCCAACGCCCUUUGAGAGGAGUAAAAGGAAUGUGUUUUGGAGAAACCAAGAAACAUCUAUGACCCUCUCUUGUAAAGGCAGAGGCUGUAUAGAUCAAAUGGAGAGGAAGGCUCUGCACCGUGCUCGGUUCGAUGGAAAGCAUGUAAAGGAUGAAGUGGCAAGGUUUCCUCCAGUCCCUGAAUCUUACACCUUACAGAGCAGAAGAGGUUCAUCUUCACUUGCAAAUGCAAUCAACUAUAAAGAGGACUUUAUUUCAGUGAAUAGAGGUUUAGUUAGUAGGAAGGAGUCUUGUUAUAAAUCAGGUGUAAGCACUUCUGCACGGAAGAGAAGGUUAGCUUGUGGAAGUAGUAGCUCUAUGAGUCCAGUGUCAAGACGAUUAGAUUGUGAAAGCUCUUGCGGUUGUAGCCAAUGCUGCAGGGAAACUAAAGAGAGAAAAGGACCGCCACGUGUUCCAUAUCAGAUGAGUGAAAGAAACAUGAGGGAACCAUCUCAUAAAAGAAUACAAAUUGAUGCCGGUACUGUAGGUUUGAUUCAGCAGAAGCUGGAAGAGUUCACCUCUCAAGAAGAAGAAGAUGAAGCCAUAAGAGGAAGUGCAUUGCCCAAUAAACCCGCUUCUUUGAUUCUCCAUGAGUUGCUUUCUUCAUUAGCACGCGAGCAGCCUUACGCAGAAACAGCUUAUCGGAGGAAAGGCAAAACAGAGAUGAUUGGAAAUGCAAACAGUGAUUACACAAGCCCUGGUUCUGUACUCGAUGUCGAGAGUUGCUUUUCAAAUAGCUUCGACAAUAUCUCAGUUCCAGGACAGAUGAAGCUGCCUCUAGAGCCAAUCGAACCCGACUGGGACGUUCUUGAAGACUUUGCAACUAUGUUCAAGAACUCAACAAGUGGUGGUAACUAUCAAACAAUCGCUAGUCUAGUCAGCCACGUCUCCAACGUCCUCCGAUCUUUAAGCAACACAGGUCUCAUAUCAACACAACAAAGAUUCACCAACGCAAGAGAAGUCAUAAUCCACACCGAGCUAACUACUACUACUACACAAGCCAACAACAACUACCUCAUCGGACCAGAACUCUUCGACGAACUCAUGAUCUACGCAGCUCGUUCUGAUAACCUCCUUAACCUCCCUGGAAUAACCGGAGGGUUCCUUGUUGAUGCCAUGAUCGAACACUUGGAAGAAAGAAACGCUUCCUGCUGGUUUCUUCAUCCUUCAAGUGCUGAAACUGAAGCAUCUGAGUUGAUUCAAGACGUUCUUGAGAAAGUUCCAAAAUGGGCAGCGUUGGCACGAGUUGAGGUGGAUGAAGUUGUGAGUAUUGAGAUGGAGAAAUGGAUGGUUCUUGAAACUCAUUUGUUUGGAGUUGGUUCAGAGAUUGCGUGUGAGAUCGUUAUGUGUUUGGUCGGAGAGUUAGUUAUGGAUCUACUUUAGUUAAUUGUGUAAUUCACUAUUAAACUAAAUGAAUCAUAUGAUCAAUGCUUGUAAGAAUAUUAUCACAAAUCUAUCUCACAAAAACUAAAUCAUA